UCGUUACUACAGCCCAUGUUAUCUCGGGUCCGUCCUGGACGAGGCAACGGCCGCCGCGAACGGAGAACGGCCGUCGAGAGGCCACGUGUCCACAGCCGUGGCCUCACUCGCACUACUCGCCCUGCUCGUCGUCUCCCCAGUCCCCACCAGUUGCCUUCGCAUCGCCGGACGCCGCUCGCCCUCCGCUUCUGCGACUACGUCCGAGAUGGCCGCCUCGGCAUUGGCCUCCCGCGCGCUGCGGCCUCCGCACGGCCGCCACCCUCCCGCCCCUUCGCCGCGUCCGCGUCCGCGCUCGGCAACCGCCGCCGCUCCAAGGACGCGCUGCCGCGCGGUGGCUGCGGACGAGCGCCCCGCCGACCCCGCGUUCCCCGAGCGCCAGAACCGCGGGAUUUCCGGUUGUCGACCAGGGCGGUGGAGAGGCCGGAGGCGGACGUGGUUGUGAUAGGCAGCGGGCUCGGCGGGCUGUGCUGCGCCGGCCUCCUGGCGAGGUACGGCCAGGACGUGCUGGUGCUCGAGAGCCAUGACCGCCCGGGAGGCGCCGCGCACUCGUUCGAUAUCAAGGGAUUCAACUUCGAUUCAGGGCCAUCCUUGUUCUCCGGAUUCCAGUCCAGAGGCCCCCAGGCAAAUCCACUUGCUCAGGUCCUUGAUGCAUUAGGCGAAUCAGUCCCUUGUGCGUCUUAUGACUCUUGGAUGGUUUAUGUACCUGAAGGACAAUUCCUCUCACGGAUAGGACCAACUGAAUUCCUCAAGGACCUUGAGAUGUUUGUUGGUGUUGACGCUGUCCAGGAGUGGAAAAAACUUCUUGAUGCAGUUAUUCCUAUGUCUGCAGCUGCAAUGGCUUUGCCUCCGCUUUCCAUUCGAGGUGAUCUGGGCAUUAUAUCUACAGCUGUUGGUAGAUACACUCCUUCGUUGUUGAAAUCAUUCAUACAAAUGGGACCGCAAGGAGCUCUGGGCGCUACGAAACUUCUACGUCCAUUCAAAGAAAUUGUUGAUUCGCUGGAGCUGAAAAAUCCAUUUGUUCGUAACUGGAUCGAUCUUCUGUGCUUUCUACUUGCUGGAGUUAAAUCUGAUGGUGCUCUUUCUGCAGAAAUGGUUUAUAUGUUUGCAGAAUGGUACAAACCAGGAUGCUUGCUUGAGUACCCUCUGGGUGGAACUGGAGCAAUAAUAGAUGCCCUUGUGAGCGGUAUUGAAAAAUUUGGUGGCAGACUUGCUCUUCGUUCUCAUGUUGAAAAGAUCUUAAUAGAGAAUGGUCGAGCAGUUGGUGUCAAGCUACAAAGUGGACAAGUUAUCCGUGCAAAGAAAGCGGUUGUUAGCAAUGCAUCUAUGUGGGACACUUUGGAUCUGUUACCACCCGAUGCUGUCCCAAAAUCAUAUGAAGAUAGAGUGAAAGCAACUCCACAAUGUGAAUCGUUUAUGCAUCUCCACCUUGGUUUUGAUGCAGAGAAUGCUAGAGAGGACCUUGGGAUCCAUCACAUUGUGGUUGAUGAUUGGAACAAAGGAGUUGAUGGUGAACAAAAUGUUGUUUUGAUAUCCGUUCCCAGUGUUCUUAGCAAGGACCUGGCACCGCCCGGAAAGCACAUUCUUCAUGCAUAUACUCCAGGGACAGAACCUUUCAGUUUGUGGGAGGGACUGGACAGGAAAAGUGCAGAAUAUCGAAGACUGAAGGAAGAACGUUCUGAGGUGAUGUGGAAAGCUGUGGAGCUUGCUCUCGGCCCAAAAUUUAGCCGCGAAAAAUGCGACGUGAAAUUGGUCGGGACACCGCUAACGCACAGGAGAUUUCUCCGAAGGAACAGGGGAACCUAUGGUCCAGCCAUAAAAGCCGGAGAAGCCACUUUCCCUGGGCAAGCAACACCGAUCCCCCAGCUCUUUUGCUGCGGUGACUCGACCUUUCCAGGGAUCGGAGUGCCGGCAGUUGCGGCCAGCGGCGCGAUUGUGGCGAACACGCUGGUUCCGGUGUCGCAGCAUUCAGAGCUCCUUGACGCUGUUGGAAUCUGAGUGGCAGAUACGUCCGUCGGUCCUGGCUGAUUAGCUGAUACCCCUGCAUACACAGAACGAUAAUCAAAGAUUUUCCCACUGCUGUUGGAAAAAGAUCGUAUGGCUGAAUGGAGAAGAAGACGACGACGACGACCGAUACAGUAGAGUUUUCUAGUCAGAACGGAGACUGGGAAAAUAUGUUGUACAGUAUAUUAUUUACUACGACUGCAUGAAGCUUGUGCUGCUUCUGACAAAUUGGUCGCCUCGUUCGCCUGCAUGCUCCUUGUAUUGUUCUACCGAAAGCUCUGUGGCGCAUGCAGGCCUUUUGUCGGACAUUUUUUUUUUCUGGUAUACGGAGGAAGGACCAUGUGCUUGUUUGUACAACUCUAGUCGCAGUUUGCUGAAGUCCUUGAACGACGGCAACAAAUGCCAGCUGCGCUGUCUUUUCAUUGGAGGGCAGCACUGGCCUGGUUGUUGUUUAUUAUUAUUAUUAUUAUUAUUAUUAUUAUUAUUAUUAUUAUUAUUAUUA